CAGGCUGUGCUAUGAGCUACACCUUUGGUCCACUCGUGGAUAUUCGGGUGAAAAGUCAGGACCAUUUGUGUUUGAUUUCACUUUGGGCUGAGUGGCAGCACCUGGGGCGCCUGAUUGCCAGCCAUGGGACCUCACGCUACGUGUUGUUGGACAGUGAGAAGUUCGGCUUGCUGGCAUGGCGAUGGGGCGAUCGCAUGUUCCAAGCUGGGCCCUUUUAUCGCUACCUGCAGAUCUUCGGCGUGCUUUUAACCGGCGCUUUAGAGAGCCUUCUCGCAGAAGAUGCCCAUUGCACAGAUCUGGGCCUCCCCAAGGAACAAGUGAAGGAGCUCGCGCUCCGCACCGCACAGUUCGAUCACAUUUUGGGUGGAACCAGGUGCGAAGAUGUCAGCAACGCGGGCCUGAACGCUGCCUUCGUCCGCCUGCGCUCCACCAUCGGGAAGUUCCGUUGAGGGAAGACGAGGUGCAUGCGACGACGCCCGUGAAGCAGAUGAACGAUAUGAGCGCUUUGUUGGUGUUCGGUGUCCUGGACCUUUGGUCUAUCAGCCGUGUGAUCUUGUUUUGUUUUGGCUGCUUGCGAGAGCACGAUUCCCCAAAGGGGAUGUCGGCUUAGAUGUACCGGACGCGAGUUUAGGAUUCCUUUGCGAUGGGGUUGGUUCAUACCACUUCCAUCUUUCCCGGAGCAGGCCAGGCACCUGUGUGAAGCAGUAUGUGGCACGUGGUUGAAAAGAAUGAGU